CUUUAAGUUCGUGUUUUGUUUACAAAUACAUGCACUUGCUGACUGUACAAUGAACUCGAAAUUUUCAAUACUGCACUCGGCUUCGCCUCGUUCAGAAUUGAAAAUUUCUCGAUCUCGGUCAGCUCGUGCAUGUAUUUGUAAACAAAACACUCACAUCAGUCUCUAACCCUUAAAUAACAAAGUAUUUCUUCUCUGUCAAUAACAGUGACAGAGUUACCGCUCAAACUUACCUCAGUUUUUCCCAAGUGUCAGCACUUCUGAACUGUCGACUUCAUCUGCUGCCCUGUGACGCCUCCAAGAGAAUUAACCCAACAAUAGUGUGAUUUCAUCAUUUUCAUUUUUUCCCACUUUCUAUAGAAACAAAUUAGAAUAUUCAUAUACAUAACAUGGACGGUGGAUCUUACCCGAUGCAAGACAAAUCUCGGCAAGUACAGGGCGGCCAUAUGCCUUCAGCACCACCGAAUUACGUGGCGAAUGUACACCAACCAGCGGGAGGAAUUAUACAAGCGCCCGUGAUACCGUACAACAACGAGCAUGUCGAGCAGCCGAGUGGCGACACAGUUGUUCUUAUAGUAAGUACAAUAAACAAUUCCCAUUAUAGACUAAUUUUAAAACUAGGCAAGGAGAUGCAAAUAAAUCCGGCACCACAGCUAGAAAGAGCAUACGAAAUUGAGUACCAUUUUCAAAUAAAGUACCAUUUUCGGCCCAAUUGUGGUAGCAAUUUCCGCAUGCACGUAUAUAAUACAAAAGCAUACAAAAUUUGCAAACUUUGCAAGGCUAUAUUAUCCACAUUUUACAACAUUUCGCAGUCCAACAUUGCAAUUUUACUCAUUUUAGUACGCUCUUUCUAGCUGUGGUGGUUUAUUUGCAGAAUAUUGCAGUUAUAGUUUUUUCAAUUAAAAGGGCUGAAAUGCGCCUUAAAAACCAUCAAUCAAAUCUUUUUGCGUUUCUCCAAAUUGGUGAAUACUAACCGUAACCAUGCACGAAAUGUUUUUUUUUUUCACAAAAUAAUUUAAAUUUAUGUUGCUUUGCAGCCCUCACAAGCAACUUAUAUCAGCGACUAUAUGAGUCUAUCAAUUUGUACCUGUCUCUGUUGCUUUCCGCCUGUUGGAAUCGUCGCAAUUGUGCUGUCAUGCAUGGUAAGGUUAAUUGCGACACUAUAUAUGACGUCACAUUGUAUAAUGACUUUCUGAAAAAACUUGGAUAUCGCGCAUCGAAAAGAUAAAACUGUGCAUAUACAUGUAUGUGCUAUGUCAACAUAUACUGCAGCAAAUAUAUGUCAAAUAUAUAUAUAUAUAUAUAUAUAUAUAUACAGCAAGCCAUUAUGCGAUUUGGUGUCAUGAGAAAAAUUUGCAUAUCCAUCGUUAAAUAUCUGACAAGGCAAAGUAAUCGUCAGUUCUGAAAUGCUUUGAAAUUUGAAAACCUUUAAUUGGAACCUUAAACCUUAAACUCUAAGCGCGCAAAGCUUCAUGGGAGCAGAAGUUUCAAGCUUAGUGGUUGAAUAUUGCAGCUAGUUGUCAAUGAAUAGUUCUCGUAUAAGGAGAUAUUUACCAUGUGUCUCUAAGAAAUAGGCCCCAUAUAUGAUUUCUAAACUGACUAAAUGAUGCUCCCAUUAUACUUUGCACGGUUAGAGUUUAAGGUUUAAGGUUUAGAGUUUGAGGUUUUUCAAAGGGGGAGUUAGCUGUAUAUAUGUUCAAAAAUGUUGUCAAUCAAUUUGCUAUGUUAAAUAAUACAUGCAUGCGAUAUACAAUUUUCGUAUCUGCUCCACAAUUUAAAACGAUUUUUUGUUAUCAAGGUUGGUUCGAGCAUACGUGAUGGUGAUUUAGAAAGAGCAAAGAUUUUUUCAAAAUGGGCAAAGUAUAUGUCAUUUGCUACAAUCAUAUUGGGUGUAAUAACCUAUACUAUUCUUAUAAUCAUUUAGUCGUAAUCUCGUGGUGAAUAUUAACAUUUAUGCAACAAGGGGAAAUAUUUGUCUAUCGAGUGUUGCUGAAACAAUUACUGCACAUGUUAUAAACAGUACUUGUUAUAAAAUAUAUAUUUUGCACAUGCGUGCAGCCAUAUAGCUUCAAAUAUACAGCAUUAGCAUAAAUUCAGUAUUGAAAAAUGGCUUUCAAGCGUUCUUAUUGGCUCCCUCAGCAGUGACUCUGAGGAAAUAGUUACUGCUCAGACUGCUCUGAGCAGUAAUUAUUGCUUUCAAAACAAAAUGGUUGCCAAAAAUCCACUUGCAAACAAAUCAUCGAAGAAGAAGUUCGGAAGAAAUUAAAGUACAUAGCCUACUAUUCCUCUAAAAGCAAAAGAAGCGACAAUAUAUGGUGUUAACCUAUUUCCGAAUAACAAAAGCACCUUUAGUCUUAGAUGCCUAAAAAAUGUAUUUAGCAAUUUAAAACCGGAAAAUAACCGAACCGGGCGACAAGAUUCCGACAGCUGGAUUCGUUUGACUCAAAAGUGGAAGAGCGAAGUAAAUUAUAUUUACAACGUUUGAAUAUAUUAUUAUUUUGCAAUACUGAAUUUAUACUAAAACCGCAAUCAGUCAACUCGGUAAUCGCAACCUGAAAUUUAUAGUAAAGGUUUUAAUAAUAGUUAAUAUGUGAGUGUAAGUGUACUUGCCGAUUUGUAUAGAGUGCAGACAUUAGAUUCAUAAAAUUGUACAACUUAAUAACCUGAUCAAAUACGUAUAGAGAUCUAUUCACCCUGCAGGCCGGCCAAAUAUUUUCCUAUAUGUGUACAAUUUAUUUUAUUUUUUUGUCAUUUUAUCUGAUCAACAGUGUAAUAGGGUCAGAUCGGCUUGGCUAUACAAGGUGGACGUUUGGGACGUUUGGUCCAAUUUAAUGUUCUGGGUCAACUCUCUGUAAAUAAAUU